CAUCCAAUCCCCAUCCCUUCGCUCAACACAAGCAAAGAGAGCGCGCGCUGUAGGAGCAAAGGAGCAGCCAUGGCCACCCAAGCCGUAGUCCAGAGGGCAUGCGCGAAGCUCAGAUCCGCCACAGGAGAUGGAGCCGUGGUGCAUUUGAACUUCACCGGUGACAUGCGGGAAUUGUUGGAGGCGCUGGAGGCCAUCCAGCCGGUGCUGAACAAAGCCGAGAUGCACCUGUUCAUGUAUAGAGAGGCCAUCCAGCCGGUGCUGAACAAAGCCGAGAUGCACCUGUUCAUGUAUAGAGAGGCCAUCCAGCCGGUGCUGAACAAAGCCGAGAUGCACCUGUUCAUGUAUAGAGAUGUUUCGUUUUUGCUGCAGCGCGUCUUGAGCGCCGCCUACAAGGCCAUAGACACUGUCGACGAGAUGCAGGACGCGAGACCACAGGCUGCUGCAACGAUGACGAGAAGAAUGCUGCCCCGCCUUGCCAUCAUGAAGAAUGCCAUGGCCAUCCAGGUGCAGGAGACGAAACAACUAGUGAUGGAUGUAAUGGAGUACCCGCUUCAUUUACCAGGUUCUGUGGCACACACAAGCACCAGAGUCCAGAAAAUUUCCGAGCAACGAAAAACUGGACCAGUUUUUGAGGAAGCAAUGGUUUUAGGAAGAGGAUCAGAUAAAGACAGGAUAAUAGCCACCCUGCUAUGUACUGAGCCCAACAUCAUCACGCAAGAGCACAUCACCAUUAUUCUUCCCAUCUUUGGGCUUGCAGGCAGCGGCAAGACAACCUUGGCACAAAUGGUAUUUAACGAUAUCCACUCCCUCCAAGGCUACGACUUUCGGGUAUGGGUUUAUGUGUCUCCCCAGUUCGACUUCCAUACAAUAGGCAACUCCAUUGUUUGUAACGUGUCAGGAAGGGGACAAGAAGAGAUCAACAACCAUUCUUCUCCAGACGUGGAGGGGAUGGAGAGUAUAAUGAAGCGCCUUCACAAGCUACUUGAUGGUAAGAAGGUGCUCCUUGUUUUGGAUGACUUGUGGGAGGAGGAUCCCAUUCAGUUGCAGCUAUUGAAGUCCAUGUUAACUUUCUUGGGAGACAAGAUGGACGUGAUAGUAACCACAUGCAACCAAGCCAUCCCCAGGAAGAUUUGUACAGUUGAGCCGUACAGGCUAAAUCGGUUGAGUGAUGACACGUGUUGGGAAAUAAUCAAGAAAUUGAUCAGUUUCGAAGGAGGAGAAGAAGAGUUGGAGAAGAUUGGACGGAAGAUCGCAAGCAAGUGCUGGGGUGUGCCAUCAAUAGCUCAUGAAUACGCAUGCAUGCUAGGUUCUUCCCGAGAUGCUAUGGCAUGGAAAGAAACCAUGGAAUGGGAUAUCUGGUCUCCUUAUAUUUCGAAUCAUGAGUCAACACUUAUGUUAGCCCGUUCAACUUUAGAGCUAAGCUACAGGAGUAUGCCACCAGAAUUGAGGCUAUGCUUUGCUUAUUAUUGUGAAAUCUUCCCAAACGGGCACCAUAUAGUCAAAUAUGACCUGGUUCAUCACUGGAUUGCUCUCCAACUCAUUGAGCCAUCUGAAAUAUUGUCUGCCACACAGAUAGCUGAGGAGCAUAUUUCCAGGCUUCAGGACUUGUCAUUCCUUCAUACUGCAGAGCUGGACCACGCCAGUGGAAUAAAGGAUAAGGGUUCAAUCUUGUUCACUAUGCACAAUCUGGUGCGAAACUUCCGGGCAACGUCCACAGAUAGUUUAACAUACUGUCUAGCCACCAAUUGUCAUGGGAAACCUGGUAGAAGGUAUGGUAACCAUCUAAGGGCGAUGCGCUUUGUGGGUUGCAGGAAAGUGGAGUUUACGGGCGACUUAUUUUCACGUAAUAAGUGGCUCCGUGUCCUGGAACUAACGGAGAGCUCCGUCCUGAAGCUACCGGACACCAUCUGGCAACUGAAGCACCUGGGGUAUCUUAAGAUAUCAGGAUUCUCUGGACUCGUAACUCUGCCAGAGUCCCUUGGGCAUCUGAAAAAUCUGUUCCAUAUUGACUUAUCAGGCUGCUCUGGGCUUGCAACACUUCCUGAAUCAUUUGGCGAUCUCAUAAACUUGACCCAUGUCAAUCUAUCACGAUGCCAUGGACUGGCAGAGCUUCCAGAACAGCUCCAGAAGCUCGGCAAACUGGUACACCUGGAUUUAUCAUUCUGGUCUUGUUUUGAAGGGAUUGGGAAUCGCCUUGGUGGCCUCACCACUCUGGAGCAUUUGAACUUAUCAAACCCUUGCUGUCAUCUUGCUCAACAACGGUCUCAUCUGCAAGGGCUAAAAGAUGGUUUGUGCAAGCUCACCAAACUCCGGUAUCUGAACUUGUCAGCGUGCCUGAAUCCUAUCUUUUACUACCAUGGAGAGUCACAAGAGGACAGUCUCAAAUGCCUUGGAGAGUGUGUCAGCGGUCUUUCCAGCCUAGAACAUUUGGACCUGUCUCAUCACAUAUUUCUCUUUGGCCUGCCUGCUAGUCUAGGUGACCUCAACCAGCUGCACACACUUGAUCUCUCAGGCUGCAUCAGACUCAAGAAGGUUGGUGAAAUGAAGUCUCUCAAGUUUAUAUAUCUGUGGAAGUGCCGGGGCCUAGAGAGUUGCCAGUUUAUGGUUCGCAUCAUCGAUGAUGAUGAUGUGUAUAGCAGCAGCAACAUUGUUCAGCUGGAGGAGGUAAAUUGCCAAGAGCUCCAGAUAAGCUGCCUAGAAAAGGUCAAGUCUAAAGAGGAAGCACAGAGAAUCAAAUUGGUGGAGAAACUAAAGCUUCAGAAGUUGAAGCUUUCUUGGACAUUGGACUCUCUCAGAUCAGUGGAGGACAGUGCUUUGUUGGUGGAAUUAGUGCCACCGCCUAAUCUGCAGUGCCUUGAGGUUAAUGGCUACACCGGCACAUGCCUCCCGGAGUACUUGGGUGAACUCACCUCUCUCCAGGAACUCAAGAUCGUCCGCUGCAAGCAGCUCAACUCGUUACCGGAUACAAUGCAGAAACUCACCAGCCUCAAGGAUCUGUGUAUUUUUGACUGUCCAGAAUUGGAGAAGUGGUGUCAGGUUGAGGAGAACAAGAAAAUGCUGGCGCACAUCCCCAAUAAAAAUUAUGAGGAACCUGCUAGUACUAGCAGGCAGGAGAUUGAGGAGGACGACAAAUCGGGCAACGAGGCGGAGAUUGAGGAGGACAAGAAAAUGCUGGCGCACAUCCCCAACAAAAAUUAUGAGGAACCUGCUAGUACUAGCAGGCAGGGGAUUGAGGAGGAUUACAAAUCGGGCGACAAGGUGGAGGCGGCGUAGGAAGAUGCCACGGUGCCGAGGAAUUGUGUGUGCGAUGAAGCACAAAUUUCGGUGCAAAGUGGAAUGCCAUUUGAUUACCAGCUAUUCUUGCAACAUAUGUUGGCCUGCAGACUCUUUCAGGCAGCAAAAGAUGAUGAUUUGAUUUCAGACAACUUACUUUCGCAUUCCUGUACAAUUUGAUCUUUUAAUCUGAGCUCUUGAGCGUACAUUAUAUGCUGUGUAAUACCCCCACGAAUCCUUAAAUAUUACCACAUUUUUCGCCCAUUGCAACUUCAUACGACUGGGCAUGUACUGUUAAAUUCGGUUUUGUAAUAAUAUUUCAG